GUGAGAUAUAAACUCAGAUUUGCGAGAAAUAAAAGUCAGAAUUGUGAGAUAUAAACUCGAAAUUAACUUUUUAUUCUUUUAAUUCGUGACUUAAACAAAAACAAAACAAAAAACAAAGUUGUACGCGUCAAGAGGCACUCUUUUAGCUUCUCCUGAGUAUAGGCUAUACACUUGAGGUGUCAAUCAGGUAAAUAUAUAUCUCUGGCCACUGGAUGCUUGGCCAUUUCGUUUCGUCAUUUAACCACUGACAAGGUGCUAUGGCAAACGGAUCCGUAAGCUGUAUCCCACUCGGUAAUGUUAAUUUUUUUAAAUAACAGUGCUUAUCGCUGGGUGAAGCUGCUGUGAUAUGCCGACAACAUUUAAAAAAAAAUAACAAAUCAAAAUAUUCUAUAAUGUUUCUAAAUCUUACCUACUUUGAACCGCUUCGUCGUAACUCUCGUCGUACUGGUUAUCACUCCCGGGUUUUCUGCAACCAUGAUGCGCGCGCAUCCCGAAUGUUUACAAACAUUAAAUAGGCCUAUAGGCCCCGGGUAUAGGCCUAACGUUACUUCAUUUUCUGUCGUGAAACGUUAAUGCUGUAAACGACAUGAAUUUUGUUUGUGUAAGUUUCGUUUUUAUACUGAAAAUCAUAUCUGUCUCGUGUCGUCAUAUAUGCGUCAGACACAGUCGCGCUGCUGUCAAGUUUUCUUACAUGAGAACUACGUUCAUGCGAACAUUGUAAAAGUGUUUUAAAUCUUAAACUGUAAUUCCCAAAAGUUUUCCAAUUCCAGCCGUUAUUUUAGUGCGCACUGGCAUUCGAGGUGAAAUCGUUCUUUGCUAUCAUACAACAUGUUAUUAAAUGUAGAAAUACAGGGUGCGUCUCAAUCAGCUCCCUAGCUCCCGACCCGAGCUCGUGUACACGAAUUCGGGCACUGGUAAGGACAGUAACGGACGCUGGCUCACUACACAUUGGGACACUUGACUCUAUUUCCGGCGACGUGACAAUAAAUCAGAUUAAAUUAAAUACUAAAUAAAUGAGUGUUUCAGUCCUCCACAUGAAUGUUGCCAAGGUCAUUAACUCUAACAGUAAUUUAAAAUCCUUAAAAAGUUUAUAUUAAUUAUCCUACAAGUUGACAUCAGUGCUAUAUUAUUUUAUUUAGUUUAUUUAGUUUUCAGCUUAUUCAAAAUUGAGCAUAAUCAAAAUUGUUUUACCAUAUUGAAAGUCCAAAUUUAAGUUGUAGUGCUUUACUUAAUUUAUAUUUCGUUAUUGAAUAAUGUCUCAACUUAAUUUUUGAAACCUUUUUUUCAAUAGAAUUAGCAAAUACCCCUGCAGUGUCCAGUGAAGGAAGCUCCUCUGAGACUGCAAACUAUGAAUCUGAUGACAGUUAUUCUGAGUGGCGGAACCCCUUCAAGAAAGCAGCAGAGAGCCGAAGAUGAAGCUAGAAUUCUGGUCCAAACAAUUCUGCAGGCUAAACCUGGUGGGGAUGCAAUCAUCAGAGAGUACCAAAAAACCAGAAGCUUGACUGACAGCACCAGGAGGAAGAUGAUCAAGAUUCUUACUGCAGAUAACUGAAAAUCAUAGAGAUGUCAGCAAUCAGCUCCAAUCCAGAUGAUCCAGUGAUCUGGAUUCUUCUGAUGGGCAGAAACGCUUCUGGGAAAAGCUCAUCUGGAAACACUAUACUUGGGGAAAAAAAAGUUCAAAGCCCAAAAACAUAAGAAAAAAAAUGAUGAUGAAGUUUGUGAAGAAGUAGCUCAGAUCGGAGAGAAGCAGGUGUGUGUGAUUGACUGUCCAGAUCUUCUGGAUCCAGAUCUGUCUGAAGAGAAGCUGGAGAUGCUGAAAGAGCAGCUGGUCUCUGGAUGUUCAGCAGGUCUCAGUUCAGUUCUGCUCACCGUUCCUCUAGAGGAACCUGUGGGAAAUGAGGAAGAGAUCCUGUAUUUCAUCAAGUGUUUAUUAGGUCCUGAAGUUCAGCAGUACAUCAUGAUUCUGUUCACACAUGGAGAUGAGCUGGAACAAAUGAAGAGGAAUGGCAGCAAAGACCGUCCUCGUGUCAAUUUUUCAGGAGAUUUUCCAGCAGAUGAGACUGAUGUGAUUCCUGGGAAGAAAGACCAGAUCAGGCUGGAUCUGCUGGGAAAAACUGGAUCUGGGAAAAGUUCCACUGGAAACCCCAUCAUCGGCAGAAUCCUGUUCACAUUACUGAAACAGUGUCAUUCAGAAACUAAACAGAUCUCAGUGAUCGACACACCAGCACUCGCUUGCAUCAACUGUUCGUGAGUUAAAACCAAAGCUUGUUGUGAUGUAAAAAGUUACAACCUGCUGCACAUUAAUCAAUAUUUGAUCACUGCAGCAUUAAACUUAAGUACAAAGUAUACUUCGUUUUUUUAGCGUACGCACACAGUUACUUCCUUUGACUCCUACGCAUACACAGGUGUUCAACGCAUGCGCAGUUUUGAGCAAUUUCUCUAGAAAGUUACAAUCCAUGUAAAUAUAUUUGUGUUCUUUCAUGCUAAAGUUGUACAAAUGAGGGUACUUUCUAACCUCUUCACACGAUCUCUCAUCUAUGUAGGCCUCCGUUGUCGCUGUAGCUUGCAUGUGUUCCAGUCUGUUCUGUUUAUGCAGUUUUUCUUUGAUUAUCUUGUAAAUUGAAGCCCCCAGGGCACGGCUGCCACUUUGUGGAUAAACUAAUUAAUGCAAUAAAAAAAAUUUAAAAAUGUAAAUGCGCAUGUGCAACCUACAAAAAUCAACCUACAAAAAUCCGGCUGUGCACAUACAGUACGCUCAUACUUUUCCUGAGGACGUAAUUCGUGUCGCGCGCACACGAGGGUCAGCAUACAGUGCGCGUGACGCAAAUUUCGUGACUAAAAAGUGAAGUAUACUUUGAAUUGAAAGCCUACAUAUAAGCUAAAUAUUUAUGGAAAGCUCAAAUCAAGAAUAAAAUAGCAGAUUGAUUGAAUCACAUCAGUACACUGCUGGUGUUGGUGGCAGAAGUAAGCAAGUACACGUGCAAAUUAAGUCCAUGCACGCAGAUGUUAAAAUGAAACUGUCUCUUUAUUUUGUUCAUCAAUAAACACUGCUUCCAGUCA